UUGCGGGACGGCCGAACACCGAACGAGCUCUCUCUCCGAUCCAAUCCCCCCACUCAGGUCACAGCUUCACACACAAACGACACACGACAGCGCGUCCACAGUUCCCCGCCCGGCGAGCGUCCUCCUUCACCGGCCUCUCUUUGCCGUCGACGCCUCGCCUUGCCUCUCCUUGCUCACCAUCUCUCAUCCGUGGAGCCACCUAAAGAGAACGAGCGGCCGCUCCGGCCAACGGCUAGAUCUGCAGCACCAUCACUCCACCAGCCCACCCCGUGAUCUACCUGCUGUCGCCGGCCCUCUCUCCCUCUGCAGCACCACCGACUGAGGUGGAGUUCAACAGCUCACGUUCCUACAUCUUUGGAAAUGCAUCCCCAUCUAACCCUACACAGGCAUCCUAUGUGUGCUGAGAUUAUUGAAGAAUUCCAGAAGUGCCAUGUGGAUCACCCCAUCAAAAAAUUCUUUGGUGAAUGCACAGAUCUUAAGAUUAAGCUUGAUCGGUGCUUCCGGCAGGAGAAAGCUGUGAAGAGAAAGGCAAACUUUGAAGAGAGCAAGAAAUUUAAAGAAAGGUUGCAGGCUUAUAAAAAGGAAAUGGCUGAGAAAGAAAAUGAAUCAUAGCUUUGAAUGGAGGACAAUGACCUUCACUGAAUGCCUUUUUGCUGCAAUCCUGUGGCUUCAACUUUGUGAAACAAAGUUCCGGACUUGUCUUUGCUUCAUGUUUACACCACAUAUCUACUGUUAUAAGAUUACAGUUGAGGUCAUAUAAUUUAUUUAAAAGUUUGAAUUUCCUUC